UGGUUCCUUCUCGGCAACUUCUCUGAUCGAGUUUCAGCUGCGACCGGAGCAGCGUCAGUUCCCCUUUCUGCGCUCACCGGUUUCUCGAAUCUAAUAACAACACAAUAAUAUCUGGAAUAAUCUGUGUCUAAGUGGUUGGAUGAUGGAUUUACGGAUUUUUCUCCCUGCUCUUCUACUUGUCUUCGGAUUGGCGACAGUUUGGGCCCAGUCUUCCGCACCUGGCGAUGUGUGUGAGACAAAGAAUGGGACAAGCUGUGAAGAUUGUCUGAAAAACGUGUCGUGCUUGUGGUGUAUCCAAACCAAGUCCUGUAUAACAUAUCCAGUGAGAACCAUCCUUCCACCGCAUGCAUUAUGCCCACUGAAUGAUGCACGCUGGGGGCUCUGCUGGAUGAACUUCCAGAUAUUGAUAAUCACUGUGUCAGUGAUUAGUGCAAUCAUCAUCAUCGCCCUCCUGAUCUGCCUUCUCCGCUGCUGCAAGUGUGAGAACAUUGGAUCCAAGAGGUUUGAGGCCAAGAUGCAGAGGACGGCUGAUAAGUUGAAAACCAAGCAGGAAGAAAGGAAGGCAGAGAUGAAACAGAGACAUGAGGAAAUCAGGAAGAAAUAUGGUCUAAGUGGGCAAAAUCAGUACUCCAAAUUUGCAUGAGAGGAUCUGUGAACUGAGAUUCACACUAUGACCCUUCUUCUAUAGUAGUCUAUCCUGUGGCUCAUAUAGCAUCAGUCUACUUAUACUAUUUAUUAGGUUAAGUCUUGAGUUUAAUUGGACAGAAUGGAAAUAAUCCAGUUUGUUUAUCAAAAAAGUAUUUUCUUUUGCUUUAGAAAAUUUGUUGCAUCUGAAUUUCCAGAUUCUGUCUGUUUUGCUUCUCUUGGUUGCUGUUAAUUUAGAGAUAUAGUCAGAAAUGAUAAUCUACUUUUGUACUUGUUGGAGGUCAAUUUUCUUGUUAUUGCUGCAUGCUUCACUGACAGAUUGGUUUUUACAUAUUAGGUUUAGAAAAUAUUUUCAUACUAUGAAGUCAAUAUUAAAUCUUCACCCUUGCACACUGAAUUUAUAAAGUAAUCAUUAACUUAAGUUAAAUGUUUUGAUCCUGAAGUUGGACUGAAGUUUGCCAAACCAUAGACUGUAUAUCCUGUAAAGACACAUAAGCAUAAUAAAAGCGACUGGACUUUUAAUGAA